AGCAGGUACCGUAGGUAGGUGCCGUGGUGCUCUUGCCUGUGCAAGCGCGCACUGGGCUGGCAGUGAAUUUAUCAUUCGAUGCCACACUCCCUACUCCAUGAGGCUCUUACGAGUGCUCGUCUUGGUGCAAAUGGGAGAAGGUCUGAUCCAAGGUACGCCAGCCGGCGCGGUGGCUGAGCCGUCGCAGGCUGGCGACGAGUUGUCGCCUGAGGAUGCGCUUCUCUGUGCUCCAGCGCGAAGGAAUUUGUCGGUUAGCACUGGCAUCCUAAAGAUGGCACUAUAUACCUACAGCUUUGGCAAUUACCGCCACGAAAUCUCGCAAUAUCGCCCGUGGGAUGAUUUCCACGGUCAGGACUCGCAUGGAAAUUAAGGAGGGGAGUUGCCUUCAACGGCAGGUUCUCUCAAAAUAAUGCGAUUUCGUUCGUCCAAUGUGACGGAGUAUCCACUAGGUGUUGCUAUUUCGCACAGGCUGGGACCAUCGGUACGUCUUCUGCGACACAAGUAUCACGCAGAAAAUGGUCGCGGACGGAUGGAUUCAGUGUCUGGUGCCUCCUGGCUACCUCCCGCGGGCCACAUUCCAAGUCCAUCGCACACGCAACGUCAGUGCAGGCUGGGACCUGACCAAGUUUUUCAAAUUUGGGCACGUGGCCGCGGUCCUUCGACCCUUUGACUACCUCCUUCACAUAGACUUCAGUUUCAUUGCGACACGUAACAAGUAUUUCUACUUUCUACCGCGUUUUGCCGAUGUCGAAGCACUCAUCCGCACGAAGCCAGAAGUAGAGCUCAUCGCACUCAGGCACCGUGAGAGGGCUCUCGUUCGCAGCGAGUGGCAAGUAACAACAAAAAACAAAAUGGAAUUCCAGCAUCUAAUCUGCCAGUUUGGGCAGGCAAUGAGGGCCAAAUUUGGUAGCGAGGCGAGCACUGGCGUCAACCGGUUCUUGUUUCUUAACAACCUUUGGCUAACGCAGGUAGUGGAUGUAACACCACUGUUUCUCAUGGGCUUAUUUGUCCGCAAGGUCCAUAAUGUGCCAAAGCUUGAUGUGAUUUUUGCUGAUACAGUCCGCACCCUUGUAUCAUUUGGCUUGAAACGAGAUCAGAACGUCUUUCCGCUUGCUCUCUGGAACAGAUAUGGAAACAUGACUUCUAUCAAGGUAUUAAUGUGCGGCAGGAACAUUUCAACUGCAGUUUGCCACCCCGCACGGAACCCCCCCGCAUCGUCGACAAUUAGAGAUUUUGGCCGCCCCCUCGCCCUCACAGCCCGUUCAGCAUGUAAUCACACCGGUGAGCACAAGGCCUACGACAAAGUGCUCGUCUACGACCCGGGACCCACGCGUAUGUCGUGACGAAGAGCUUUGCAAGAAUUGCGUCGAUGUUGGCUCAAGCUGAGCCAGCGCCUCCCCGAAGCGGCAGAAAUAUGGCACCGCUCAGCAUCGACCUCUGGCUGCGACAUCGAUUCGGCCACCUUUCACAGAAACUCGUCGAUGGCCCGCCCGUGGGAAACGCAUCGGGGAACCAAAUGGGAAUCGCAUUCCAGCGAUUGAAAUGGACCGGGUGUUGCUGGCGUGCUCGAUAGUAGUGCAAUGGAAAUACACGUCUAGUAGGAUUCCAAUGUUCAACUGAGACGUAUCCAAGCACACCCGUACUACUAAAAGCUGGUACGCCGAGAGUGUUGUAUACUCGAGAAUGUAUCUCAUUGUGGCUCAACUUGAACAGUGUAACAAUUAAAUUCCUAGCCUGA